AUGCGGUAUGAAUCCACUCAGAGGCAUAUGGGAGCCUUGUACGAAAGGAUAUCAGAAAACUACCGAGCUAGCUACGGGGGCGAGGUCGAGGUCGGGGCCGAUACAGGGGCCUUCCGGGCCAUCCGAGAUGGAACGAUUCAUGAGGAUCAUAAUCCCAAGGUUCCUUUCCAAAUAUUGUCACCAGCACGUGCUAUGCAAGUCCAACAACAUCUCCCAAUUCCCGAGGUCGACAUUCAGCGUCGCUUACACAAGGAUACGUGCUUCGCCAAACUCCUUCGCAUCACUGAUGCGCUCCACAACUUGCUCGUAGCCAUCUCAAGACUUAGAAAAGGUCUAAGGCGGCCAGAGAAGCCAUCUUGGCCGAACUGGCUAUCGUCAUUGAAACUGGUUAGUCUACCGAAACUUCACGAAGAACCCAUGCAUCAUUUACAAGCUUUUGGGUCUACAAAGGCAGCAGGGAUCAAAUUCAGUUCACAAUAUCUCCAUUCACCGAGGCCGCAGUCAUAUUCUAGGGCAUUUUCAACGGUUCCCUGGAAUCAAAUGUCCUUUCUGAGGCUGAUCUGA